CAUGGCCCCCGCAGCGGCGUCGGGUGGCAGCACCCUGCCCAGAGGCUUCGCGGUCUUCGCCACUUUCCCGGACCUGCUCUUCAUCUUCGAGUUUGUCUUCGGGGGCCUGGUGUGGAUCCUGGUCGCCUCGUCCCUGGUGCCCAUCCCCCUGAUCCAGGGCUGGGUGAUGUUUGUGUCCGUGUUCUGCUUCCUGGCCACCACAACCUUGCUUGUCCUGUACAUAAUUGGUGCCCACGGCGGGGAGACUUCCUGGGUCACCCUGGAUGCAGCCUACCACUGUGUCGCUGCCCUGUUUUACCUCAGUGCCUCUGUCCUGGAAGCUCUGGCCACCAUCGGGAUGCAGGAGGGCUACACCUAUAAACAGUACCACGAGAACAUCUCUGCCGUGGUGUUUUCAUAUGUGGCCACUCUGCUGUACGUGGUCCAUGCAGUGUUUUCUUUAAUCAGAUGGAAGUCUUCAUAAAGCCGCAGAACUUUUGCUGAAAACUCAGACGGUGUUCACUGAUCAGCCCGCCUUCCAGUAUAACAUUUUAGAAUGCACAAAUACUCCCAAUGGUGGAAAAAAGAAAACAAACAAAAAGCAACGCUCUGUUUCUUGUGGGUGUUAUGUUUACUCUCCCAUAUACCUUCAUGUCAGGGUUGGGGGCUUGCUGCAUUUAACCUCCAACGACUGAGCUGUCUUUCUAGAGUCAUUUUUCUGUUUGUGAAAGAGGGCUGUCGGGGUGGGAAAUGGGGACUGUGACUGUGAAACCAAGAUCCCCUGCUGACCCCUGGACCAGAUCUUGAGAACUGUCUGUUGGAAUUUUCCACAAGCUCUCUUGAGUACCCAUCCUGGGGCUCAUUUCCAAGUCUUCAUGGAUAGUCUACCUGUCCUGGGGAGUAAAGCUCACCCAACAAGUAUCUGCAGAUGUCCACAGUGGAAGAUGAUAAACCUUUGAAAUACUUAAAAGU